AUGGCUGGAAACUAUAGGUUUGUGAUGGACCAGAAAGAUAUUGUGAGGACAUUGAUUACAACUGUGGGAAGUUUUACACAAGAUCGGUUGAUCAAUAAAGAGCAGAGAAUCCAGCACAAAGAACAGUGUGCAGAGAGAUUGGCAGCCGAGGAUGGAAGCACAGACAAGGACAUGGAGGUUCGGUACUCUGAUCAAGCUGUACUAGCAAACUUAGAUUGGGGGAUUGAAGCCCUUGAAGAAGCUAUCAACACAUCCAAUGUGGAAACCAAGCAUGCACGGUUGGACUAUGCAGAGAAGAUGCUUCAAGUUUGUGCCAUGCUGACUUCUGAUCAGAAAACUGCUGGUGUCCCCAAUUCCUACCUCUCUGCAUGGGCUCAUUUAAACCUCUCCUACCUUUGGAAACUGCGUAACAAUGUUCAUAAUCCAGUUCUUCAUAUUCUUCAGAUGUUUAUUAUCGAUCCCUUUUUUGCAAGGAUUGAUUUUGCUCCUGAACUUUGGAAAGAGCUGUUCCUCCCACACAUGAGCUCAAUCGUUGGGUGGUAUUCAGAAGCUAGGCAUAGGCUUAUGAUGGAAGCAAUCCCUGAUUCUUCUGAUCUGUCAUUUACUGCUGAUUUUGAUCAAUUCUUCAAUGAAUCUUUGAUUUUCUCCAUGAGGCCAGACCAAGUUGAGAAACUGAAAAAAUUGGAGCAACUUUACGGAGAAUCAUUAGAUGAGAAUACGCGGUUGUUUGCUAAAUACUAUAAAGACUGUAUGAAUUCUGAUUCAACUGCUAGCAAGAAAGUAAUGGCUCCUAUGUUACCGAUUGCUGAGCCACCAAUGACUCCUCUACAUGAGGUGAGCCGGUCAAUCCCUGAUUAUGUAAAAUUCGGUCCUAUAUUGCCUAAAAGUGCCGGCUUCUCUCCAGUUCUCAAAUCUAAACAUGGCAGAAGAGAAGGAAACAACAGAAUGAUGAGUGCAACUUCAGUCUACUCACAUAAUACGGAUGAAUCUGCUGCAUGGGAUCCUCAUGAUGGUGUGCCUGAGGAAAAUGAAGAUGAUUCUGAGUAUAAGGAAAUCGGAUCAGCUCUGCAACCCAAAAAACUUAGGAAUCGAACACAUUCCCCCUCAAAUUUUUCACCUGUAGACACCCCCAAAACCUCUUCCUCCAAAAGUUCAUCUCCGAAACCUGAAGGGAAUUCUAGAAAGGAAUCGAAAUCGAUAUUGCGCCUUUUAUCCUGCCGUAUCACAGAUUCUAGUGAUCCUACCUCUUUGCCUAUCUCGCCAUGCAAGAGUAAUGACCACAGCAUAAGCUCAGGAGAGUCGGAUGGUGAAGUGAUAGUAUGUUUCUCAAAUACCAAAGAGAUGCAGAAAAGUUGUAGGAAGAACCGUGGUCGAGCUCAUAGUAUGAGUUAUGAUAAUGUGAAUAUCCGAACAUCGGAACAUAGUUCUCAAAAUGAAAGCAGUGAAGGUAACCAUAGCUGUGUUUCCCUCCCCUUAUCUGAGAAGCUGACACCGCAGUCAAGACCACCGAAAGAUUUUGUCUGCCCCAUCACAGGACAGAUUUUCAAUGACCCUGUUACUCUGGAAACAGGUCAAACAUAUGAAAGAAAAGCAAUUGAAGAAUGGCUAAAUAGAGGGAACACAACAUGCCCCAUUACUCGGCAACCUCUCUCUUCAAGCGCACUGCCUAAGACAAACUAUGUUUUGAAGAGGCUUAUAACAUCUUGGAAAGAGCAGCAUCCUGAACUUGCUCAGGAAAUUUCAUACUCUGAAACACAUAGGAAUUCAUUCAGCUCCCCCUUGGGGAAAGAAAUUGUAUUGGUUUCCCCAUCACCCAAAUCAUCCAAAGUCCCUGGUUGCAAGAGUAUAGAUGAUUAUGUUAACCAAAGGAGCAAAAGAUUUAUACGAGCAGCCGUAGCUACAUCACCAACCAGUGUGAUAUCUCAAGCUGCUGUUGAGACAAUUAUCAAUGGACUAAAACCUUUUGUGCCAUGUCUUUGUACUUCAAACAAUUUACAAGAAUGUGAAGCAGCAGUACUGGCAAUUGCUAGAUUAUGGAAGGAGUCAAAGGGUGAUGCUGCAGUUCAUUCUUAUUUAUCCAAACCAACAAUUGUUAAUGGGUUUGUGGAGAUACUGUCAGCUUCUUUGGACAGAGAAGUUCUCAGAACAUCAAUUUGCAUCCUUUCAGAGCUAAUUUUCACUAAUGAAAAUGUUGGGGAGACGUUGACCAGUGUAGAUUCUGAUUUUGAUUGUUUGGCUGCUCUGCUAAAGAAUGGCCUAGCUGAGGCUGCUGUUCUUAUAUACCAACUGAGGCCAGCAAUUGCUCAGCUUUCAUCUCAUGACCUUGUUCCCUCCCUUGUCCAGAUGGUACUACACAAAAAUGAAGAAUCGGAUGAUCUUCCGUCAGUAAUGGAACCCUCAGAUGCUGCUAUAGCAAUGCUUGAACAAAUAUUGAUGGGUGGGGAUGAAAAAAGCAGGUCCUUCAAUGCCUUGAGUGUAAUUUCUGCAAAUGGAAUUCCUCGCCUGGUCAAGUGUCUGGAUAGGAUGGAAAUAAGGAGGUCUAUUAUUUCCAUACUCCUGUGUUGUAUGAGAGUUGAUAAAAGUUGCAGGAAUCUGAUAGCAACUGGAAUUGAGCUUUCUUAUGUUCUUGAGUUAUUUCAUGCUGGCAACGAUAGUAUACGAGGCAUAUGCAUAGAUUUUUUGUUCGAAUUGGUUCAGCUGAAUAGGAGGACUCUCAGCAAUCAGAUGUUGGAAAUAAUUAGAACUGAAGGAGCAUUUAGCACUAUGCAUACUUUCCUUGUCUAUCUUCAGAUGGCCCCCAUGGAACAUCAACCUGCCAUUGCCACUCUUCUUCUGCAGCUUGAUCUCCUGGUUGAGCCACGGAAGAUGAGCAUUUAUAGGGAAGAAGCUAUAGAGGCAUUGAUUGAAGCACUCCACAGAAAGGAUUUCCCUAACCAACAAAUGAUAGUUCUAGAUGCACUCCUAUCUCUUUCAGGCUGUUUUACUUCUGCAGGGGAGUCCUAUAUCGAAGUUUGGCUACUCAAAAUGGCAGGGUUUGAUCAGCCUUACAAUGCUUUAAUAAAGACAAACUUGUUGCAAAAACAUGAAAAAGAUUUGAAUGAAACCAUGGAAGGGGAAGAGAAAGCUGCAUAUCUAUGGGAGAGAAGAGUGGCUUUUGUCCUGUGCAACCACGAAAAAGGUUCUAUUUUCAAAGCUCUGGAAGAAUGCUUCAAGAGUAAUUCCUUAAAAAUGGCAAAGUCAAGCCUUGUCAUUGCCACAUGGCUCACUUACAUGCUGUCAACACUGCCUGAUACUGGUGUAAGUCAGGCUGCCCGUGAAUCUUUGCUUGAUGAAUUUAUAAAUGUCCUCCAAUCAUCUAAGAACUUGGAGGAGAAGAUUUUGGCAGCCCUUGCUUUGAAAACCUUUAUCAAUGAUCCAGCUGCCCUUGAAGAAUUGGGAAAGUAUGCUAAAGGCAUCUACAAAACUUUGAGAAAGCUCAAGAGGAAUUCAGUUGUGGCCACUGAUAUACUGAAAGCUUUAAUGAAUUUGUCAUCCGUCAAUGCAAUGGAGUUGUGGAGUUGCACCGACAUCGUAGAACUAGAUUCAAGCACAAAUGGUGAGGUUCUGUGUAUGCUUCAUCUGAAGGGUUGUUUGAUAACCAGUCACUCAGAUGGAUCCAUAAAGGUUUGGGAUUCUGGGAAAAGGGGUUUAAGGCUGGUUCAAGAAGCUCGUGAGCACAUGAAGGCUGUUACAUGCUUGUAUGUCCCAUCUUCAGGUGAUCGACUAUACAGUGGCUCCUUGGACAAAACUAUUCGGAUAUGGGCACUCAAACCUGAAGAAAUUCACUGUAUUCAAGUUCAUGAUGUGAAAGAGGCAGUGCAUGAUUUGUCAGCCAAUUCUAAAUUUGCAUGUUUUAUUUCUCAAGGAAAUGGAGUUAAGGUGUAUAAUUGGACUGGGACUCCAAAGCAUAUAACUUUCAAUAAACAUGUAAAGUGCCUAGCCAUAACAGGGGAUAAGAUAUACUGUGGUUGCUCUGGCUACAGCAUCCAGGAACUCGACCUGUGCAGUUCUACAUGGAGCACAUUCUAUUCAGGAACAAGAAAACUGUUGGGGAAACAAACAAUAAAUGCCCUGCACAUAGAUGAUGGUCUUCUCUAUGCUGGAGGUUCUGCAGUUGAUGGAAUAGCAGGAAAGGUAUUCUCCCGAUCGUCUAAGGCAGUAAUGGGAUCCUUCCCAACGGGAUUCGACAUCCAACAAAUUGCUGUCAACAAUGACUUCAUAUUUACAGCUACAAAAUGUGGGAUCAUCGAGGUUUGGUUGAAAGAAAGAGUCACCAGAGUAGCUUCCAUUAAAAUGGGCAGCAAGGGACAUGCAAAGAUUACAUCCUUGGCUUCAGACAAGGAUGGAGGAAUGCUUUUUGCUGGUUCAUCUGAUGGUAAAAUCCAGGCUUGGUCUCUAGACUAAACUGGGUUUCAUUUGUAAAGAGCAAUGUAUCAACUAUCAAGUAAAUCAAAU